CCCAGGUCCACUGUCGUGUUGGUGUUUUGAAGCUCCCUCCAUGUCUGAGGCUGACCUCUUUCCCGCGAUGACAGUUUCCUGCAGGCUCUGUUCAGACAGACGAGUCGUCCUCACAGCAGGAUAUACUGAAGGGGAGACUGAAGGGGUUAUCAGAGUUUACCUGGCCGACAUGCAGAGGAUCGGGCUGGUGAAGUGAUUUUUUAUUUAUUUUUCAGGGAAGAGUGAAGGUAGCUGGUGGAACAAGGGGGAGAAAUGAGUGACAGGAUGGAGGGUUCAACUGGACCAGGUGCCAGGACGAAUGGACCCAUUGCAGCGCCCAGCAGCCCGGUGAGCUCAUCAUUAGGCCCACCUCUGUCCCCAGAAGAGCUGGAGGAAGAACCACAGUCAGCUCUGACAGAUGUCAGCCAAAUGUGGAUUAAUUUUGGCAAGACAUUUGCCAUCAUCUUCCCGAUUUACAUCCUGGGAUACUUUGAGUUCAGCUUCAGCUGGGUUCUGAUUGGACUCGCCAUGUUGUUCUAUUGGAGGAAGAACCAUGGCGAUAAGGACAACAGGAUAAACCGUGCCUUAGCAUUCUUGGAGCAAGAGGAGAAGGCAGUGAAGCAAAGCAUGCCUACUACUGAGCUGCCACCAUGGGUCCAUUAUCCAGACGUGGAGAGAGUGGAGUGGCUGAAUAAGACGGUGAAACAGAUGUGGCCGUUCAUCUGCCAGUUCGUGGAGAAGCUGUUCAGAGACACCAUCGAGCCGGCAGUGAAGGGCGCCAACCCUCAUCUCGGCUCCUUCUGCUUCACCAAGAUCGACAUGGGCGAUAAGCCGCUGAGAGUGAACGGGGUGAAAGUUUACACAGAGAACGUGGACAAGAGGCAGGUCAUCAUGGACCUGCAGGUCAGCUUUGUCGGAAACACAGAGAUCGAUGUGGACAUCAAGAAAUACUACUGCAGAGCUGGAAUCAAAAGCAUACAGCUUCAUGGAACGAUGAGGGUGGUGAUGGAGCCUCUGCUGGGGGACAUGCCUCUGAUCGGAGCCCUGUCUGUCUUUUUCCUCAAGAAACCAUUGUUGGACAUUAAUUGGACAGGACUCACAAACAUGCUGGACAUUCCCGGUGUCAAUGGUUUGUGCGACAACAUCAUCCAGGACAUCAUCUACAGCUUUGUGGUCUUACCCAACAAGAUCACCAUCCCUCUGGUCGGAGAGGCUCAGCUGGCCCAGCUACGCUUCCCCAUGCCAAAGGGUAUCCUGAGAAUCCACUUCUUGGAGGCCCAGGACCUGGUGGGUAAAGACAAGUUCCUUGGAGGGCUGAUCAAAGGAAAGUCAGACCCGUAUGGAGUGGUCCAGAUUGGGACCCAGCUCUUCCAGAGCAAAGUCAUCCACGAGACCGUCCAGCCCAAGUGGAACGAAGUGUAUGAGGCCUUGGUGUAUGAUCAUACAGCACAUAACGUUGAGAUUGAGCUGUUUGAUGAAGACACGGAUAAAGACGACUUCCUUGGAAGUCUGAUGAUCGACAUGGCCGAGCUGGAGAAGGAGCGGAAGGUGGAUGAGUGGUUUGUUUUGGAAGAUGUUGCAACGGGGAAGCUGCACCUCAAACUGGAGUGGUUAUCUCCGCUGCCCACACCUGAGAAGCUCGACCAGGCUCUGAUGAGCAUCAAAGCUGACCGCGGUCACGCCAACGACGGCCUGUCGUCUGCGGUGCUCGUCGUUUUCCUGGAUUCAGCCCGAAACUUGCCGCGCAAUCCGUUAGAGUUCAACCAGGCGGGGCUGAAGAAGGCCUCGAUCAGUAAGGCCAUCAAGUCCGGUAAAAAAGUGACCAGCGAUCCCAGUCCGUUCGUUCAGUUCACAGUGGGACACAAGUCCUACGAGAGCAAGACAAGAUAUAAGACCAAUGAACCGGUGUGGGAGGAAGCCUUCACCUUCCUCAUCCACAACCCUAAAAUCCAGGAGCUGGAGGUCGAGGUGAAGGAUGAGAAACACGAGUGUUCGAUGGGGACAUUAACGCUGCCUCUGGCUCGCCUGCUGGAGGCCAAGGACAUGACGCUGAACCAGCGCUUCCCCCUCAAGAACUCCGGACCGAGCUGCACCCUCAAGAUGAAGAUGGCUCUGCGGGUGUUGUGUCUGGACAAAAGCACUCCCAUGUCUUCAGACUCCACCCCAUCCUCUGUACAAGUCCGCAAGGGCAGCUCCUCCAGCUCCAACCCUCAACCCUCCGUCUCCUCUGACUCCCAAAAGCCUCCCUCCUCCACCUCUGAUAUCCCCCGCUCUGCCUCCGUGUCAGCUCAGGAUAUGCUGAACCGGCAAAAAGAGGCCAAUGACCCCUAUAGGUCUUCUGGAAGCACAGACUUCGGACUCGGUGGAGGAGGGAAGGGCCUGGCUGAGACCGGGAGGAGCACCUCCAACCUGGCCAUCUCCGGUUCACAGCAGUACCUGGCUGGAGGAAAAGAACCAACGCCCAGCAUUGCAUCCGAUAUCUCCAACCCCUAUGCUGCCCAGGAGCUGCAGCUGAGACUCCAGCAGCUUCAAAAUGGUUCAGGCCCCAGUCAUUUCCCGCUGGGUGAGGUUCAGCUGACGGUCCGACACAGCUCCCAGAGGAACAAGCUCAUCGUGGUCGUUCACGCUUGCAGAAACCUGAUAGCGUUCACGGAUCACGGCUCAGAUCCUUACGUUCGCAUCUACCUGCUCCCUGACAAGCGGAGGUCAGGCCGGAGGAAAACUCACACAUACAAGAAAACGCUCAACCCCGUCUACGAUCAGACGUUUGAGUUCACAGUCUCCCUUGUGGAGCUUCACAGGCGGACUCUGGAUGUCGCAGUGAAGAACGGUGGAGGUCUGUUGUCCAAACACAAAGGCCUUCUGGGAAAGGUGCUGGUGGAUUUGAGCCACGAGGACAUCACUAAGGGUUGGACACAAUGGUAUGAGCUGAGUGAAGACGGCCAGUCGAGGCCUCACCAACUAUAGACAAUCAUCAUCAUUAUCAUCAUCAAAUCACCAUCUACUUUAUACACUUCCACCCGAGUCCACAGUGUGGCUUUUUAAGUUCUUUAUUUGUAUCUGUGUACAAAAAAAAAGCAGCUUUUACAUUCAUUUAAUCACAUCAGUCGCAAGGCAAACCUCCCCUUUAAGAAGUGAACGGCUGGUGGACUAAAGGGAGUACACAACAUGUAGAAAGAUAUAUUAUAAUGUACUGCUGUGGAAGUGUAUAUUCCAUAUAAUAUAACAGUCGUAGAGCAAUCUAUUUUUUCGCUGAUGCAGCAUUGUCCUGCCUGAUUUUUGGCGAUGACUGACGAUGUAGAAGUUUGUACAUAAAUGCAGAGAAGCUGGACAAAACAGGUGGUGUGUUGUAGAAGUAGGAGCGAGGUGUAGUCUCUUACCUGGCCAAAUGAUUGUUUAUAAUUUUAUUUUCUAAAGCGUAACAUUCUGGAUAGAGUUUCCAAAGCAGAGCAGGCAGGUGGUCGCGGGGAACGAUGCCACCAAAGAGACGACUAGUAUUUAAUUUUUCCACCCUCCAGGGUUUUGGUAACACAUCUGCACUCGGCUUUAUUCCACUGUAAUAACGUGCGUGUGGGUUAACCGAGAGAGAGGAACUGUAAGUGCGCCAAUAUUGUGUUACAUGUUAUGCAACUAUUCUUUUUUUUUUAACUCUUUCUGUUAAUACUCCUGUUAUUAUGCUGGAUUAAGACCAUUGUGGAGCGUUACCUUUAACUGAAUAUUUGCACAUCUGUGUUUUUUAAAUGUACGGGGAUCAUCUUUAAUUUAAGUUACAAUUUCAACUUGGCCUUUAUCUGUUAACUAUCAAAAUGUCUGUUGAAGGGAAUACAUUUUACCUUAAAUGUAUGAGAUUUAUCAAGAAAAUAACGAAAAAACGUAAUAAAUCAGAGCGAUGAUAAGAUCACUUAUGACAGUCAGUUAAAUAUGGAGCUACUGCAAGUACAGGGUUAGUUUAGCUAAGCAUUAAUGAAGCUAGCCUGACUCUGCCCUAAGGUGAGAAAAUCCACCCUCCUGCACCUGUACGAAUAAAGAAAUGAGCUGUAGAGACCAUAACUGUUUUUGUACAAAGCUGUCAACAUGUUUAAUCUGGCUGUAAAAAUCUCCAUUUUAACAUGGGUCCUUAUGGGGAUUCCUCGGCUUCUGGAGCAAACCUCUAGUGGACACUUGAGGAACUGCAUUUUUUGGCACUUCCACAUUGGCUCCACUUUUCAACACCAGAGGUUGCCACUUGGAUUCAACCCAUUGCAGGCUCUAUAUUUAACAUGCUAUUGUCAGUCUUAUUAUCUAGUUAUAUAUUGUGAAAGAUAACAAGCAUACCCCCCCCCCCCAAAUGUUGAACAAUUCAUUUGAAGUAGUUCCUGCUUCAAAGUGGGCUGUUGUUAAGUAAGGUGAUGAUAUUACUGGCCAUCUUUUCUCCAUGUAUUUAAAGCAACUGUUUGUAGAAGUUUACAUUUACUCAGUCUUGCACCCUCUUGUGGUCAUAUUAGGAAAUGCUGCAGUGACGACCAAACUGAACUGUCACUGCAGGACAUUUCUACCCGCCAAUACAAUGUUGAAAACUUGGACCAUUUCUAUAUUGUUACAUUUAGACGAUCAUUUAUAUUCCCUUUUCAAUGACACAGGAGUUUGUUUUGUAUCCAUUAAUUCCUUGUUUUACGCUUUCUCAGUUGACAAUAAUCCACUGCCACAACAUUUAACGCUUCCUGCUUUAAAUAUCUUCCACAUUUUGGAUAUGAUGAUAGUAAAAAUGGAACAGUAUUGAUACCACAGCACCAUAAACUCCUGGGCAUCAACAUCUGAGUAGCUUAGGUUGGUUUUUUUUAUUACCACUCAGAGAGUCUUUGAACAGAGAGCAACAUUUGACAGGCUAUUAACAAAUGUCUUUAUGUUUCCCUGCAUUGUUUUAAUUAGCGGUCUCGCUCUCUCAACUUUAUUUCUAUCUAACUCGACCAACGCUGCUCUCUCUCUCUUUCCAGCAGCUUUGGGUUGAAACCAUUUCUGUAGAUCUGUCUUUUUCAAAAGCUUCAGUACUUUCUGAUAUUAUCCAAUAUAAAAAUAAUACAGAUUGUAUGGUUUUAAAGCAGGUAGUGUCAAAAAAUAUCCAAGUAUAGAACAUUUUUACAACCUUCAUCGCUUCUUUUUUCUAAUCAGGCCUUUAUUAGGACAGCUUCAUUUGGUUUGCGUGGCCUCGCUCUCUGCUGUUCUUUGAGACAUGCUCAGUAUUCACUCUUAUUUGAGUAUUAAAGGUUUACACACCUGCUCAAACAUUCAGGUUCAUGGGAUGAGAGCUUCAGAUUUCAUCAUUCAGAAGGUGCUUUUACCGCAGAAACUUUCUACAAAUGGUGGCUUAAGGAAAGAUAAAAUAGUGACAUUUUCUUCACCAACAAGUUGUGCAUUUUGUCUGAAGGGCCUUUAAUUUGUAUGUAUUGUUUCCAGGCACUCACUGCAGGCUGUUUGUUGCUGUCUCAGUGAGGUUUAUAUCACAGAAAAAACUCCACUACAAUCAUUCUACGUUUCUCACGUUGUGUUUAUAAAUCAACAUUAGUCUUAACUUGUUAUGUAGUGUCAUUUUAAACACAAUUUUGUGUCUUAUUUUUUGUAAAUUCAAAGUAUAUGAAUUUAUAAUAUAUGUACAAUCUAAAGCAAGAUGCUACGGAAGCCCUAAUUGGACAUGUAUCUACAAGCUUCCAUAAGAUACAGACAAGUGUUGAAAAUUACAUUUUUCUGUUUUUUAUUGUUCUGAGUAUUUUCACUUAUUUUUCACAUCUCAUAUCACACACUGCUUUGACUUUACAGCACUCACACGAGGAUCAAUAUCAGUCACCAGAAAGCAUAUUAUUGAUAUCAUACAUACUUUGUAAAUGCAAACGUUAUUCUAUGCGGUAUACCAAGCCAAAGAGCAGCAGUGAUGUGUUGAGGUUAGACUUUUGCCUUGUGUUUAUGUAUCCCAUCAUGAGAGUAUUGUACACACGUGUAUGUAAAUUCUGCAUUUUAUGUCUUUUAAUGUUUUUUAUUUGUGUUUUUCCAGCUGUCGCCCUCUUUGUCUUGCGUGUUUUUAUUUUGUCAGAAACAAAAACAUUCAUCUGUAAAACAUGAAGAUUUUAGAGCGCCGCCUCUGUUCAGUGUGGACUCUGUCCAGAGUCUGAAAGGCGGUUUGUCUUCUUCUUAAUUUAUCUUGUGCCUUAAAAUUCACUCGACCCAGAGAUAAUAACAUGUAUAAAAAAAUACUUUGAAAAUGCAACAACCGUUUCCCAUGUUUCAGAAUGUCUCCUAAAUGUCUUUUAAAAGAAAUAAAAGAGCUUUAGCUGGCUAAUAGCAGCAUGAAGCUGUACAGCACUG